AUGUCCAUAAAGAAUUUCGAGUCUACCCACACCUACGAUCAACAUGGAGCAAAUGCUGGCAACUCAAGGGCAUCAAUGAAGUUCAUUGCUAGCCAAAUACAAGCUGUUUUGAAGGUUAGGCCAGAUCUUCGUGUAGUUGAUAUCAAGAACGACAUGCUCUCUAAUUUUGGCAUCAAGAUUAACUACAGUAAAGCGUGGUGGAGCAAGGAGACAGCUCAACAGGACCUGUUCGGUGACGAUGAUGAGGCUUACGAUUCACUGAGAUUGCCUCUAUUAUUUUUGGAUGGAACAUUUAUUAAAUAUCGUUACAGAGGCAUACUACUUAGUGCUACUGGGGAAAAUCCUUACCAACCUCCAUAUCGACUGGUAAUGAUUUCUGACGCCGACAAGGGUAUUAGGACAGCAGUCGAGGAAUUCUUUCCAGAUGCAUUCCAUUCAAGGUGUGUUCUGCAUCUAGUUGAGAAUUUCAAAAAGAAUAUGAAGGAUUUUGGGCACAAGGCAAAUGUCGCGACUACGUUGGGCGAGCUGUUACAAUCUGCGGCUUAUAAGUUCACAAUAUCUGAAUGGGAUAAUGACAUGAAAGAAUUGGCAGCGAUCGAUCACAUGGCUUACGUCACUGUAAUGGAAUACUCCCCGGAGAGAUGGGCAAACGCGCAUUUUCCUGGUAUAAGGUAUGGCCAUGUUACUUCAAACGUUGCUGAGUCCUUCAACAGCUGGAUAAGAAAGGCACGAUUGUUGUGA